AUGUCAGAGAGUGGAAGCGAGCAAAGUCGAGCAGACAAGAAGAGGUUCGUGUUGACACCAUGGGAGUACAACCGCAAUGCUCAACGAGUCUUCAGGCAACGCCGAAAGGAACAUUUGAAGCACCUUGAGGCCACGCAGAAGGAACAAAGCUCCGUUCAGAGCGAGGAGAUUGAGAAGUUGCGACAAGAAGUACGCGACCUGUCUCAAGAAAAUGAAAGUCUUCGCAAGGCCUACGGGUCCCAGGCCAGCUCUCCCGGGCCCACCACCUCCAGCCCAGGCGAUGUGACUAUGCCACCAUUCUUGCCCUACGGGCACUCAACGUCAUAUCUAGGAUCCCCAACCGGGAGUUCACCAUUCAUUCCAGGGCAGACUGCCGCGAAUCUAGUCGUGGUCGUACCGAACAACAUAUCUGAGAUUCGUCGUUCACUGCACGCGCUCUUCGCUCCACUGCUAGAGAUACCCGUCAUGGCCAAUCCUCAAAAUCAUCUCGCAACCUUGGCCGCGCUUGCGCCCACUUUGCCGCUUCAGCUGAAGCCGACAGAACUCCAGCUACGCACGCCUCACCACGCUUACAUCGACAUGAUCCCUUCUCCCAUGCUGAGAGAUCGACUCAUUACCAUCGGUCCUGCUAAUUCCAACACGUUCAUGACCCAGGUCUGCACCAUCGCCUGUGAUAUUGAGGAUACAGGACAGAUGACUGUCUGGGGCGAGGACUGGCUCAACGAAUUUUCGUGGGAGUUCUCGGCCGAUGUGCUGGAGCGUUGGGGUGGCUGGCUGCUCACCCAGGAGUGGGGUCAAAGAGCCAACUUCUGGCGCAGACAGAGGGGCGCUCCUAUACUAGCGGCAUGGGAUGCAUGA